AUGGGAGAGAUAGCAGAAGAGUUUACGGCGGUUAUUGAAGAUGACCGGUGCGUCGUACCGGAGGUAGAGCUCACUGUACCGAAAACCGACGACCCGAGUUUACCGGUUCUCACAUUCCGGAUGUGGGUUUUGGGUAUCGGCGCGUGCAUUAUACUCUCUUUCAUCAACCAGUUUUUCUGGUACAGAACGAUGCCGUUGAGCAUCACCGGAAUCUCAGCUCAGAUCGCCGUCGUGCCGCUCGGACACCUCAUGGCGAGGGUGCUUCCGACAAGGAGGUUUUUGGAAGGUACGAGGUUCCAGUUCACCUUAAACCCCGGUGCCUUCAACGUCAAGGAACACGUUCUGAUUACAAUCUUUGCAAAUUCCGGCGCUGGCUCCGUUUACGCCACUCACAUACUCAGUGCUAUUAAGCUUUACUACAAACGCUCUCUUCCUUUCCUCCCUGCGUUUCUCGUCAUGAUCACCACUCAGAUUCUUGGAUUUGGAUGGGCGGGUCUCUUCAGGAAACACCUCGUUGAGCCAGGAGAAAUGUGGUGGCCAAGCAAUCUCGUUCAGGUCUCUCUCUUUGGAGCAUUACACGAGAAAGAAAAGAAAUCCAAAGGAAGCAUGAGUCGAACACAAUUCUUCUUGAUCGUGCUCGUAGCUAGCUUCGCUUACUACAUCCUUCCCGGUUAUCUGUUCACCAUGCUAACAUCAAUCUCAUGGGUUUGCUGGUUCAAUCCCAAAUCAAUACUAGUAAACCAGCUCGGUUCAGGUGAACACGGUCUUGGUAUUGGAUCCAUUGGCUUUGACUGGGUCACCAUCAGUGCUUAUCUUGGAAGCCCUUUAGCUAGUCCCUUGUUUGCUUCCGUCAAUGUAGCCAUCGGUUUCGUUAUGGUCAUGUAUAUCGUCACGCCUAUCUGUUACUGGCUUAACAUUUAUGAAGCCAAGACUUUUCCCAUCUUCUCUAGCCAGCUCUUCAUGGCUAAUGGCUCACGCUAUGAUGUUUUGAGCAUUAUCGAUAGCAAGUUCCACCUCGACCGCGUGGUUUACUCUCAGACCGGGUCCAUCAACAUGAGCACCUUCUUUGCGGUUACUUAUGGUCUUGGGUUUGCUACAUUGUCUGCCACCAUCGUCCAUGUUUUACUCUUCAACGGAAGUGACUUGUGGAAACAGACAAGAGGAGCGUUUCAGAAGAAUAAGAAAAUGGAUAUACAUACGAGAAUCAUGAAGAAAAACUACAGAGGAGUUCCGAUGUGGUGGUUUCUGGUGAUCCUCUUACUGAAUAUCGCUCUCAUUAUGUUCAUCUCCGUGCACUACAACGCGACUGUGCAGCUUCCUUGGUGGGGAGUGUUACUUGCUUGUGCCAUUGCCAUCAGCUUCACUCCUUUGAUUGGUGUCAUAGCCGCCACCACUAACCAGGCACCCGGUUUGAACAUCAUAACCGAGUAUGUUAUCGGGUAUAUCUACCCGGAACGUCCUGUUGCCAACAUGUGUUUCAAGGUCUAUGGAUACAUCAGUAUGACACAGGCGCUAACUUUCAUUUCCGACUUCAAGCUCGGUCACUACAUGAAGAUCCCGCCUAGAUCCAUGUUCAUGGCUCAGGUGGUAGGGACGCUUGUGGCGGUUAUGGUGUACACAGGAACAGCUUGGUGGUUAAUGGAAGAGAUUCCUCAUCUUUGUGACACAGCCUUGCUUCCUUCAGACAGCCAAUGGACUUGUCCCAUGGACCGUGUCUUCUUUGACGCAUCUGUGAUUUGGGGACUAGUGGGACCACGUAGGAUGUUUGGAGACCUUGGAGAAUACUCAAGUGUCAACUGGUUCUUCCUCGUUGGAGCCAUAGCUCCACUCUUGGUCUGGCUAGCCACGAAAGCAUUCCCGGCUCAGACAUGGAUCUCCAAGAUUCAUAUCCCUGUCCUUGUGGGAGCCACCGCAAUGAUGCCACCAGCAACAGCGGUUAACUUCACCAGCUGGCUCAUAGUCGCAUUCGUCUUUGGCCACUUCAUUUUCAAGUACAGGAGAGAGUGGUGGAAGAAGUAUAACUAUGUGUUGUCAGGUGGUUUAGAUGCUGGCUCGGCGUUUAUGACCAUACUUCUGUUUCUAGCACUCGGACGAAAAGGCAUUGAAGUGAAUUGGUGGGGAAAUUCCGGCGACCGUGACACAUGUCCUCUAGCUUCCUGUCCUACCGCAAAAGGCGUUGUCAUCAAAGGUUGUCCCGUCUUCUAG